UCGGACCUCAUCUUACUUGCUCCGAACGUCUUUCAAAAGCUGCAAACAUGAAUCCACUUCGAAUCACCCUGAUCUCGGCAUUGUUUGCCAUUUCUUUCGCCUACAGAGGUGGCGGCGGUGGCCGAGGAAUGGGCGGUGGUAUGCCCAUGGGAGGUAUGGGUGGCGGUAUGCCAAUGAUGGGCGGUGGAAUGGGUGGCGGUAUGCCAAUGAUGGGAGGCGGAAUGCCAAUGAUGGGCGGUGGAAUGGGCGGCGGAAAAAUGGGCGGCGGUAUGCCCAUGAUGAUGAUGCCCGGUGGUGCCAUGGGUGGCGGCAUGGGCGGGGGUAUGCCCAUGGGAGGAAUGGGUGGCGGCAUGGCCGGCGGUAUGCCCAUGGGAGGAAUGAUGAUGCCCGGUGGUGGAAUGGGCGCCGGAAAGCCCAUGGGAGGAAUGGGCGGCGGCAUGGGCGGCGGUAUGCCCAUGGGAGGAAUGAUGAUGCCCGGCGGCGGAAUGGGUGGCGGUAUGCCCAUGGGCGGUAUGGGAGCCAUGGGCGGUGGAAUGCCCAUGAUGCCAAUGGGUGGAAUGGGUAAAAUGGGCGGCGGCAUGGGGGGCGGUAUGCCCGGUGGAAUGGGUGCCGCUAUGGGCGGUGGCAGCGGCAAAAGAUACAAGCGCUAUGCGAGCAGGAGAGGCGGCCAGGGUGGAAUGGGAGGCGGUAUGCCCAUGGGCGGUGCUAUGGGAGGCGGUGCCAUGGGAGGCGGCAUGCCCAUGAUGAUGCCCGGCGGCGGUAUGGGAGCAAUGGGCGGUGGAAAAAUGGGCGGAAGCAUGGGUGGCGGCAUGGGCGGUGGUAUGGGAGGCGGCAUGCCAAUGGGCGCUAUGCCCAUGAUGAUGAUGAUGCCCAUGGGCGGCGCUGGUGGUAUGGGCGGCGGCAUGGGCGGAGGCAUGGGCGGCGGUAUGGGCGGCGGUAAAGGUGGAAUGGGAGGCGGCAUGGCCAUGAUGGAUCAGAUGAUGAUGCAAAUGAUGAUGGGUGGUGCUAUGAACGGCGGCAUGGGAGGUGGUGCUAUGAACGGCGGCAUGGGAGGCGGUGCUAUGAACGGCGGCAUGGGAGGUGGUGCUAUGAACGGCGGCAUGGGAGGCGGUGCUAUGGAAGGCGGUAUGGGAGGUGGUGCCAAUGGAGGCGGUGCUAUGGGAGGCGGUAAAAUGGGCGGCGGAAUGGGAGGCGGUGCGAUGGGAGGCGGUAUGCCCAUGGGCGGUGCUAUGGGAGGCGGUGAAAUGGGUGGCGGUAUGCCAAUGAUGAUGCCUGGCGGUGGUAUGGGGGCAAUGGGAGGCGGUAAAAUGGGCGGCGGCAUGGGCGGUGGUAUGGGAGGCGGUAUGGGAGGCGGUAUGCCAAUGAUGAUGAUGAUGCCCAUGGGCGGCGCUGGAGGAAUGGGCGGUGGAAACGGAGGUAUGGGCGGUGGCAUGGGCGGCGGUAUGCCAAUGAUGGGCGGAGGAAUGGGCGGCGGCAAAAUGGGAGGCGGCAUGCCCAUGAUGAUGAUGCCCGGUGGUGGCAUGGGUGGCGCAAUGGGAGGAGGUGAGGGCGGUAUGGGCGCUGGUGGAGCUGGCGGUAUGGGCGGCGGCAAUGGCGGUAUGGGAGGCGGAGCCGGGGGCAAGGGUGGAGCUCCCAAAGAUGUGUAAAGGACAUCCCAGCGCACAUCACCUUCAAAACUACGCGCGAUUAUAUAUAAACAGAGCUUUUGCUUAAAUCAUAUUUCCAUCUAGUCGCAAUAGUAGUUUCAUUUGUCAUUGCAGGCAAAUAUUAGGCGCUGUCUAGUGCUUGUUCUGGUAACGGUAUCGACUCACGACUCGUCCAAUCUCGGGAAUCCAGAAUGCCCUCGUCUUGUCCCCUGUCCACAUGCAUGCAUGACAUCUCCCGUGGUAUCAGCAGCAUCGUCAUCAUCGUAAGCAACAGCAGCAGCAGGGACUGUCUAAGAGUUUCGACUCUUUCUGUAUCACUCGGAAAGAACAACAGCCAACAGUGACUUCUAGUGUUCAAGAUCCUGUACUGUACUAAAGACCGCAGACUAUCCUACCUCGGAGAUACCCUACAUGCAUGUGGCUUAUAUGUAACUUUAAUUGUUGUUAUAUGGUAUUUAAUAAAUUAGAUUUGCAAUUGAA